CCAAAAUAAUCACAUGGAAACAGCACAAAAUUGAUCUAUAAAUUGGCUACUACGUCCUCGUUGCAAGACUCCCCAGGCCAAUCCAAAUUGCUUGAUGAGUAGCACAAGAACAAGAAGCAACUAGAUAGGUAGAUAGGAGGAGAGGAGAGGUGAGGUUUACCUGGUGCGAAUCCAUGGGGUCACUUGAUGGCGAUGCUGCCACCUCGCCGUCCUUCUCCAGCACCGGGAGCAGCGGCGGCGGCGGCGGCGGUAGGGUUGGGAUAUACGCGUGCUUCGCGCAUGGCGGGCUCACGAGCCUCGAGUGCUACGAGCCCGGAGCCAACACGUGGCGCCGCGUGGGCAAGCUCCCCGGCGUCCCCGACGGCCACGUGGUGAAGGGCUUCGCCGUCGUGGCCCUCGGCGAGUGCGUCUACGUCAUCGGGGGCCGGCUGUGCCGGAGGGAGCGUGGCGUCGCCGGCGGCGAGCACCACCGCGACACCGACGUCGCCGUGCGCGCCGACGUGCUCCGGUACGACGCGCGGCGGGGGGAGUGGGAGCGGUGCGCGCCGCUCCUCGUCCCGCGCUUCGACUUCGCGUGCGCACCGUGCGGCGGGAGGAUCUGCGUGGCCGGCGGGCAGUGCUCGCUCUCCGGCGCCCGGGGCACGGCGGCGGCGGAGGUGUACGACGCCGGGAAGGGCAAGUGGUCGGCGCUCCCGGACAUGAGCACGCUGCGGUACAAGUGCGUCGGGGUGACGUGGCACGGCCGCUUCCACGUCGUGGGGGGCUUCGCCGAGAGCACGCCGCCGGCCGACGAGCCGGCGCCGGGGGAGAUGGCCGCCGUGCUGCCGCAGUCGUCGGCGCUGGAGCGGAGCUCGGCGGAGGUGUUCGACUGCGCGAGAGGGGUGUGGGAGAUCAUCCCGGGGAUGUGGCAGCUCGACGUGCCGCCGAACCAGAUCGUGGCGGUGGCCGGCCGGCUGUUCAGCUCCGGCGACUGCCUCAACAGCUGGAAGGGCCACGUCGAGGUGUACGACGGCGAGCUCAACAUCUGGAGCAUCAUGGACCACUCCACCCUGCCGGACCUGUCGCUGCUCGCCACCCUCCCGCCGUCGGCGCAGCGGCUGUACCUCACCAUGGCCGUCGUCGACACGCAGCUCUACUUCCUCGCCGGCUACCAGGUGGCGGUGGCCGACGCCGGCGACGGCUUCAGAACCGUCUCCCUGGUGCACAGCUUCGACACCGGUGCAACUCCCGGGGUGAUGCCGGCAUGGAGCAGCUUCCACCCCACCAUGGAUCAGGAGAGCGUGGAGGAUGGCAGCAAAGAAUUGCUCAGCCAGUGCUGCUCAGUGCAGCUCUCCAGCUAGCUACAGAAUUAUACAUUUUCACCAGUCCAAAGUCUCUACACGAUAUACUUAUGUAUCAUGGUUUUGAUCACAACACCAAAACACUCUACCUCAUCUGCUGUGGUGAAUUAAUGUAAAGUUAAAAAUGGUUUCAUCUUUGCUGAAAAGUGAAGAACUCAGAUUGAUUAUAAUUUUGCAAAUAUGCCAUUAUAAUUUUGGAAAAUCAUAGAUAUGCUAUCCUGGCUCACAUGUCAUUGACUCAUGUGAGCCCUACAUGUCUUUGAGAUACCAGUUAUAUAUUUCUAACUUUGUAAAAUUAUAAUGGCACGGUU